AUGCCUCCGCGUGGUGAGAAGGCAAUGAGUCCCGAGGAGGCGAAGCAGCUUCAGGAACUUUACCAAGAAUACGAUUUUGGCAUGGAUGUGGGGCCAGAAGGUCCGAUUCCACCACAAUCGUUCCCGAUCAACUCGAAAUCCUCAGCACCUGCUUUCCAAUCUGCUACAGAUCAGGUUCCGCGUUAUGCUCCACCGCAGGUUCCACAGCCACCUCCUCGACAGGCCAUGCGAGAAGUCCCACUUACUAAAGAACUUCAUGAUGAUGGUGACAGAAACGUCCACAGAAUACAGAUUCAGCAACUACCAAUACCACAAAAAGUAGGGUUUCAACAUCUUAACGAUUCUGUAUCAGCUAAAGUCCUUUUUGCGUACAACUUUCUGUUCCGCUCUCUUUCUGCGCCAAGUGGAGGUCACAAAUUGUGGAAGCUUUUCAAAAAAAGUUUUAUCAUGACUACGAAUUUAAAUUUUUUACUCUCAAAAACUUUUGAAGAUGACCUCUAA